AUGGCAAUGCUCGUUCCGAAUUUUAUAAAUAUUGGGAACUAUAAUGGACAGUUGAAAGAUAAGCAUGGAUCUGAUGAUAACGGGAGUCAGCAUAAGAGCCAGUUUGAAGAACUGAAAAGGUCUGUAGUUCAGAGCUCCACUCCUCAGUAUGGUAAUAGGUUUAAAGGAAAACAACGGGAAUCAGAUGUUAACGCAGAUAAUUCUCAUUCACAAAACAGCGUCAAUUUCAAAGAAUUGGGUGAAUUGCCAGAUUCUGACUAUAGUCACGCAAGUAUCAGAGAUCAGACAACGCAUCUAACCAAUGGACAAAUUAGCAGCCCGAAAUUAUAUUCCAGUGCCUCGAGCAUGACAGUUUAUGACGCUGGGCAUAUUUACAAGACCAAAGUUAAUAACGACAGGGCCCUUCUUUCGACUAUUUCGAACUGCAGGCUUCGGUUGCUUUUGGAGUUUCUUCCUCCUUUGCCUAGAAACAUUCACAUUAAAGAAGUUGGUGAGGCUUUUAUCACCGCCCACAAUCAUGAUGUUAUUAUUCGAAUGUUUUUCAACUUGGGGUACAAUAGUCCCUGGGAUGGCAUUUCCUCGAAACUGUCUUUUAGAGGCACAACACUUCAAGCCAUGCUAUUUGAUUAUCGUCCAGAUGGUGUUUUACCUGAAAACAUUCUAGAACAAAUUAGACAAAUAAUCUUUUUGGCGAUCAAUAAUCAGAACUACGAAUUCUGGAAGGCUGUUUUUGUAUUUUUAGUUCUAAACUAUCAUAAAGGUGAGUCGAGUAAACUGGGUGAGUUCAAAGGGGAUGUGCAUGCUCCGAAUGGGCUAUGUACCCCAAAUACGCAGUCGGCAGAUGAGCAACUUAAUUUCAACAAUUCAAAUGGUUCGAUACUAAGAUCUGAUGAUAAAUUCAGUGAUGACGUUUGUUCCUUAAUCGAUCCUCCCUCUACUUUAUCAGCAGUGAAGUUCAGUCUUCAUAAUGAACUCUCCCUUCACGGAAUAAUUGCAGAAGUACCACAGAUGUACAAUAUUAUAUUUCACAAAUUGGAUCUAGACGGUCAUCUAAAUAUCAUAAUGAAUUUGAUGAUAGAUAACGAAGUAUUCCGCGUUUUCAAGAAAUCACCAAAUGUGGUUUCAAUGUCGAGAAAGGUACAGAAUUUAUUUACAAAGUAUUCCGAUACCAGACGAGUUUCUUCCCAAUUUGAUCAAAUUAUCCAGAAAGCCCUCGAACGCAUGCAAGACCUUAGCGAAGAUAAAGAUUUUGGACUAUUCCGCCUUUGGUGUAGCGAGUCUAUAUAUUUUGAACAACAUGACUCUCAGUAUUCAGAUAGAAGAGAUAUAUUAGUGCCCAUUGUGUUUCAUUCAAAACCGGAAAAUCGGUCAUUAGACCCUAUCAAAUUCAAUUUACGAGCAGUCCAGUCUAUUCUUCCAGUUGUUGAAAGAGUUUUUUUGGAUCAGCCUGAUAGAAUAUUUGUUCACUUUGCUACCGUGUGUAAUGAAAAGCUGAGAUGCUAUAUUGUAGAUCGAUCCAGGAUUUAUGAAAUGGAGGCUAUCAGUAUAGUUUCCCGCCCAGAUUUGUUUAUCAAAGCAAUGUUGGAAUACAGAUUAAUGACAAGAGAGGAAAUGGGAUUUGACAACAGCAUUCAACGUGAGGAUGAUGAUGAGUAUAUAAUGUUCGAGGGACAUGGGCGGCUCAAAGUUUUGCAGACACUAAGGGACAAAAACUACGGUAUCUUUGGUCAAUCUACUGUAGUUCGGAUAGUCCAAAGAGAGAAGGAUGACUCAGUCUUGUUCCUCAAAGAAUACUGGGCUGAAGAUAAGACAGCGGAGGUAGGUAAUUCAGGCUUGUAUGAUAUGGAGCGUAGGGUUUAUGAAACUGCCAUGGAGUUUAAUAUUCCAUUUAUUCCAAAAUUAGUUGGUUAUCAAGAACUCACUCGUACUUCCCAACUAAUGAACUUCCUUCGUAUUAAUGAUCCUUCAGAUGAUGAAGCUCUUCUUCAUAAGUAUUUUGUAGAUCUGAAUUGUGAUCGUGUACAAUGUCGGUACUUAUUCGAAGAUAUUGCAUUUGGCCAGAUAUUCAACUUGAAGCAGCUUCGCGAUAUUUUCAAAUGCUUGGUUCAUAUUGUGAAAGCAUUAAAACAGCUAUAUUUGUUAAAUGAGUUCACGCAUGGCGACAUUGUUUCGGAAAACCUUCUAGUUAUUCAACGAGGAGCUGAGAUUGAGGGUUUGCUUGUUGAUUUUGAUCUAUCUAGUAGCAGGUCAAUUGAACAAGAAAGAGUGAGUCAAAUAAGAAAAUCUCAAUUACUAUCCACGGAAAAUAUUUUUGAGAAUGAGCUCACGGAUUCAAGUUCCGCUACUGCUAGCAGUGGUGACAGCGUUGCUCAAGAUGGUAGAUAUGUCGAUGGUUACCAAUAUUUCCCUUAUAUGAGUAUUGACCGAUUACAAAGCAAUGAAGGCGAAGAUAUAUACUCGUUUUUCCAUGAUUUAGAAUGUCUCUUCUGGGUUUUAUUACUAGAAGCUACGAGAGGAAAAGAUGAUUUUUUUCAGAACUGGGAGGAUUUAGAUCUAAGCACAUUGAUUGACCGCAAAGUGGUUAUAGCUAGUGUUGAAUGCGGCUUGUACAAUGAGACGACAGUUAAUGAAAAAUAUGUCCCAGCUUCUGGGUAUAUCUACCGGCUCCAAAAAAUUGUCUUUGAUACCCAGUCCAGAUUGGAAAUGGAUCUUUCGAUGUAUGAUAGGAUCAUUGAAUUGUUUGACGAAGCUGCUGCUGAUCAAUAUUAUUAA